UGGGGUCCCUCUUGUAACAGUUCCCAGUUGAAGUCGAAAGCGAGAUCUGAAAUUUGCUGCGAGUCUCAGCAUUUUGUUGUCGAAUCACACUAUUCCUGCGAAGUCUGGAUGUUUUCGAAUCGAAAGAAAGACCCGAAGUAUUGUUUCUUGAUAUCGAGGAGGUCUGUCUGAAGUGAUCUCAAUCCCUAAGAGCGAAACGGGUUGAAGAGUUGUGUCAUUUUGUGAUCAGUUUGAGCGAAGCUCCCAGACGAGUGUUUCGCAUGCGUGUCUAGAUUUUAAAAAGGCGAUCGACUAUACAGGAUCUAACACGUCCUUCGUGAUCCUGCAGCAUUACGUUUCCUCAAAAGGCGUGAUGAGGUGCUUCUGACAGCGGCGAAGACGAGAGAGGAGAGGAGAGCGUGGAGGAAGAAGUGUCGAAUUAAUUUGUUGGCGAUCGAAAAAGGUGCCAAGCCUUGGUGUGGUGGGUCCCAUGGAGCAUUGGUCCUUACACUAAAGAUAUGUCCCUAGUACAUCACAGCACAUGAGUGACGUCGAUCUGAGCCUUCGUCAGCUCCUGGCUUCUUACGAUUCGGCAUCAGCCAGACCUAGACAGUCUCACAUUCAAAGGACCUGAAAGAUGGCUCUCAUAGGUCACGGUGGCACCGACAUUAUCCGCCAGUUGGUGGGUAAUGUGGUGAACGUCUUCAAAAAGAAACGUGCACCAUGCACAUCUCCUUGUGAUGGACUUAUCCUCAAGAUGCACUACCAGUGGACAUUUUGGUUAUUGCUGGCUGGGUUCUCUACAGUUUGGUACUCUUGGUAUCACAGAGAUGUUAUCACUUGCGUGUCUCACUUCAAUGCCGAGACACAAGUGCGACUUGACUACAUCAAUAUCUGUCUCUCCUACCCAUAUGUAGAAGAGGAUGGUCCAGAUCGUCGUAGGUUCCUGCUGUUUUACAGAUGGAUUCAUUGGACACUUUUGGUGCUAGCUGGCAUUUAUUACAUACCUAGAAAAAUUUCAAAGAAUUCAGAAAAUCCCAAAGUCAAGAAGCUUAUCGAGGAUCUUGCAGUAAAUUCUCAUCGAUAUGAUCAGAUUGAAAAAGAACUUGUGGAUAGAGCUGCCCGGUAUAUUGCUUACAAUCUUAAAACACACAAUGGACUUUAUUAUAAAUUUGUCAUAUGUAAUGUUGUAGCAUUAAUUGUUGACAUUAUAAGCUUUCAGUUCUUAGACUUUGUCUUCCAAGGAAGAUUUGUUCACUAUGGAUGGAUGGCUUACCCAUAUACUCGAAAUCCAGUUGAUUUCUCAGAUUAUAUGUCUAGAACUUUCCCUCCAUUUGUAAAAUGUGAACUUGGUGUCCAGAAUAAGUUGGUUGGCAAAAGAACAGAGGUGUUUGGUUGCCACCUGACUGUGAUGGAGCUCUAUGAAAAAGUGUUCCUGUUUGUAUGGAUCUGGUUAAUUAUCUUGACAGUACUGACUUGCUGUUACUUGAUAUUCUUGGGCUUCAUGUGGCUUCCAUACUUCCGACUAAUGAUGUUGAAGGUUGCCAAGCCUCUCAAUGCCAAAGAUACAGUGAGCAACACUAUAGUCUCUGUUGUAAACUGCUGCAAAAUCGGCGAUGUUUAUUUAUUAUAUCGUUUGAAACAGCAUUUAAGUCACGCCCGUUUUUAUGAGCUCUUGACACGUCUUGCUGAUCCUGAACUUGUCAAGACAAUGCUCGAAGACCCUGCCGACAGAGCCGUCCAUGCCAGGAACCAAGACAAUCUACGAAACAGGGGGAAGCCAAUGAUGACUCCAGGAGUACCAAAAGGAAAAUUUAGUAAUCCAAACGAUCUCUUCAUAACCCAGGAUUAUGGACGACCCAACACAAGUAUUCUUGUGGAGUAACAAAUUGAACAAUUAGGUGUGCUGGGAACACAAGUACUUACCAUGCUACUCGGGGAAAGCUGAUAAUCUUUGUUAAAAGUGGUAGCGUGUCUUGAUUGACAAAUGUUGCUAUAAACUCUAAAGCUUCCCAAAGUAUGUGGCUCAUUAGUGAUAUAAAAUAUUUUGACUGUGGUAUUUUUAUAGUUAGCGGUCUUAAGUGUUGAAUGUGGUAUUGUGAGGACCGUCCAAAUGUGUUUUUUUCAUGUGUUCAUGUUUUAAAUCGGCUUUGUAAUUUUAUUUAUAAAUGUCUUAAACUGGACAAUUUUUUUAUGGCUACAGGUGAAAGUGCAUUUGCAUUGCAUUUGAAAAUGACAUGAUGUGAGUGAGUGGUGUAAAUGUGACUUUUGAUAGGUUAUUGUUUGCCUUUUUAUCACUGAUUGGGUUUUAGCCUUUUUCGCUGAUAAAUGCAUUUUCAUGACUGCUCUUUUAAUAAUUGGAUGACUAAAGUUUCAAGAAUAUGCUACAAGAUUCUUGAUUAAUUUUAUGACUGCCAAUUUUUUUUAUUUUUGAUAAUUGAAGCUUAUUAGUGUUCCUCAACCAUUGAUUGUCUCAGCAUUUGUUAAACAAUGUACACUUAUUAAGGUCACAAAAUAUUGAGUUGAAUUUUGACUUUUGAUUAUGUACAUAAAUUUAAGGUCAAUGGAGCAUGAGUGAUUUACUUGCUUGCCAUUUCAGUGUAAAGGACAAUUAUAAAAAAAAUGCUUUUCAUAUUUUUUGUUUAAAUAGUAAUUGACACCACAAUUAUUGCCUGAUGAAAUAGCUGUUGUCUUGAAGCAUGCAGACCUUUUCAUAAUUGUGAAAGAUUACCACACAUAAGAAGAAUACUAAACUUAAGAGGCAAAAUAAAUUUUUUUUUAAGUUAUGCCAAAACAGAGUAGCAUUUUUAUUCACAAAUUAGAAUUACUGGUGAAGUACUUACACUUCAAGUUUCCUUAGAGAUCUACAAGAAAAGGAAAACUCCAGUCACAAACUAGUGUCAGUUUAAUUUCAACAUCUUUGUAAUGUAUCGAGUCAAUGUUUUUAGCAUAUGUAAUGACCCAUUUGUGAAGGGAUUACACAUCCCACAAAACUUUCUGACUGACUAUUGUAGAUUAUAGUUGUGCCUCCAAGUAAAGUGAAGAGAUCUAGAGAAUCCAAAUCUAAAGAUAAAAGCCAAAGGAUAUGGUAAAAUUACUUGAUCUUUUGGUGCACAAUGUAAUGCCAAAAUUGUCCACUGAAAGCAUUGCAUUCUCUGCAAUUGGUGCAAAUAAUAUUUUUCUUUUUUAAA